AUGAAUUCGGCGGAACAGACGGUUACAUGGCUCAUCACGCUCGGGGUGCUAGAGUCACCCAAAAAGACCAUCUCGGACCCCGAAGCGUUUCUGCAGAGCUCCCUGAAAGAUGGCGUGGUUCUUUGCAGGCUGCUGGAGCGACUCAGCCCCGGAUCCACGGAGAAAAUAUACCAGGAACCGAAAAACGACGGCGAGUGUUUGAACAACAUAAAGGAGUUUCUCAAGGGCUGUACAUCGUUCCGCGUCGAGCCGUUCGAGGCCAGUGACCUGCUGCUGGGGCUGAACUUCUCCAAGGUGUUGAGCUGUCUGGUUGCACUGAACAAAGUGACAGCAGAUAUCGGCGUGGGCAGCGACUCGGUGUGUGCCCGACACUCAUCCGCCCACCGCAUCAAGUCAUUUGACUCACUAUCUUCUCAGGCUUCUCUGGGUCGAUCCUCCAAGCUGCUGCAGAACCAGUUUCGCAGUCUGGACAUGUCAGAGAACAGUGGACAGCAGCUGCUGGUGAAGGCACGGUUCAACUUCCAGCAAACCAACGAGGAUGAGCUCACCUUCAACAAAGGUGACAUCAUCAGCGUGACUCGCCAGGAGGAUGGCGGCUGGUGGGAAGGCAUGUUCAGUGGCAGGACUGGCUGGUUCCCCAGUAAUUAUGUCCGUGAAAUCAAAGGCACAGACAAGCAAGUGUCUCCAAAGUCUGGCACCCUUAAGAGUCCUCCCAAAGGCUUCGACACAUCUGCCAUCAGCAAGACCUACUAUAACUUGGUGCUGCAAAACAUCUUAGAAACAGAGACAGAAUAUUCCAAGGACCUUCAGUGUCUCUUGACCAACUACCUACGACCACUUCAGAACAUUGACAAACUCAGCAGCUCAGAUGUGGCUCUGAUCCUGGGGAACCUGGAGGAGAUCAGCACAUUCCAGCAGAUGCUCGUCCAGUCACUGGAGGAGUGCACCAAGCUUCCAGAAAUUCAGCAGAAGGUCGGGGGCUUUUUCCUCAACCUCAUGCCACAGAUGAAAGCUCUGUAUGUCAGUUACUGCUCCAACCAUCCUUGUGCGGUGAAUGUGCUCACACAGCACAGUGAGGUUCUGGGGGAGUUUAUGGAGGGCAGGGGCGCGGUCACUCCAGGGAUCCUCACCCUGACCACAGGUCUCAGUAAACCCUUCAUGAGAAUUGACAAAUACCCCACUUUACUCAAAGAGCUGGAGAGACACAUGGAGGAGUCUUAUCCUGACAGACCAGACAUCCAGAAAUGCAUGACGUCAUUCAAAAGUCUCUCUGCUCAGUGCCAAGAGGUGAGGAAGCGUAAGGAGCUUGAGCUGCAGAUUCUCACAGAGACCAUCAGGCUGUGGGAGGGAGACGACAUCAAGACUCUGGGCUCUGUGCUCUACAUGAGCCAGGUCUUAGUCCAGAGUCCUGGUUCUGAGGAGAAGAACGAGCGUUACCUCAUGUUGUUUCCUCACGUCCUCCUCAUGUUGUCUGCCAGCCCAAGGAUGAGCGGCUUCAUCUUUCAGGGUAAACUACCAGUGAGCAGUAUGGUGGUGAACAAGCUAGAAGACUGUGAGGCCCAGAAAAAUGCUUUUGAGCUGAAUGGUGCGCUGUUUGAACGUCUACACGUGGUUUGCAACAACCAACAGGACCUGCAGGACUGGGUGGAACAUCUGAGCAGACAGAUCAAACACACCACAGCUACUGCGCCCAGCCACAAACCCAUCAGUGUCCCCUGCCACACGCUCCCCUCUCAUCCUCUGACCCCGUCUCGUCACGCUGAGAGCCGGGCCAUGACCGUGGCCCCCACGUACCACACCCUUCCUCACCCGUCCUCACAUGGAACCACCCAUAGCACUAUGAUGUGGGGUCCACUGGAACCACCCAACACACCCAAACCUUGGAGUCUCAGCUGUUUACGACCUGCACCUCCCCUACGGCCCUCUGCUGCCCUCUGCUACAAGGAGGAUCUCAGUAAAAGUCCCAAAAGUGUGAAGAAACUUCUUCCUAAGCGUAAGCCUGAGAGAAAACAGUCUGAGGAGGAAUUUGCCGUGAGGAAGAGUACUGCUGCUCUGGAAGAAGAUGCCCAGAUCCUGAAAGUCAUUGAGGCUUACUGCACCAGUGCCAAAACCAGACAGACUCUCAACUCCACCUGGCAGGGCACCGACCUGAUGCACAACCACGUUCUGGCCGACGUGGACCGGUCCUGUGCAGAGUCGUCAGGCCGUCGCAGCAGUGUGUCCCGGCCAGAGUUGAGCUCUGACCUCUCUGAGGACUCUGACUAUGACUCCAUCUGGACCAGCCACAGUUACAGGAUGGGCUCAGUGCCGCGCAAGAGCUGCAUCUCCCACCAGAACUAAAGAACGUUCAGUGCUGCCACGCUGUGCUGUGCUGUAACGUAACGUAACGGCACAUUUACCUCUUUUAACCUUUGGUGUAUUUAACUAAACUAGGUUUUUUUUAAAUGUAUGUAUUUAUUUUCUAUUUUAUUUGUAAAGCUUUUGUUAAAUUAUUUGGUUUAAUUUAUAUUUUUAAUGUUUGAAAGAUGUUGGAAGCAUCUCCCUGUUGCCUUUGCCACUUUCCCUUUUAUGUGCCUCCUCUCUUUCUGUAGUUGUCAUGCAGUGAGUGUUAAGUAAUUCUUGUUAAUUUAUCUUGAAUGUGACCACUCCCCCCUGUCUGAACAUUGAUGCGGGGAAAACUCGCGGCAGAGGAAAACAGGAAGUCGGAGUGGGAAUCCGGGGGAGGGAGGGAGGGAGAGAUGGGGACUGAGCUUUUCCUGUCUGAUAUUCAGAUGCAAUUUCAGGAUGGAGUGUAUUGUUUUUACCACAUACUCCUUGUCUCUAGUAUGUGAUUUUAAAGUAUGUAAGCUCAAACAUAGCACAGAUGCCACACAUGACACACACUACUGCCUCACAUUAGUUGUGAGGACCCUUACCGACGCAGUCCAUUCCCUCAACCACACGCCCGACUGUCGCCCUUCAUUAUCACAGUAAAUUAGUUGCAGUAACACGUUUGCACAAGUAAAGUCAUGGAAGAGCAUCAGUGCUUGGCUGGUUUCAGAAGUGAUUUGGUCAAGAUUCAGUCUACAGGAAUCGAAGGCUACUCACUUUAAUUUGUCAUUUCAGGUUUUAUUUUUGUACAAAUAGUCCAUGGGUUCAGUUUGAAUUGUAAUUCUGUUGUCAAACCAUAAAGUCUUCCCACCAGUAAAGCGGAAGCAAACUUCCUAAAGUCCAAAGCUAUAAAUAGCAGGCAUCAAUGAAGGCACAAAAUCAGUUUGUCCCUCCUGGAAUGCAGAGACAUGCAGCAAAAAAAAAAAAAGAAAAAAUCCCACAGGACGUCUUUUAUCUCCUCUGCAACUUACUGGUAUACUAAGCCAGUCUUUCGCACUUCUUUUCUGAAUACAGAGACAACAAAGUAAGGACACAGUCGGCCAGAUGGUCCAGAACUAGUAAUGAGGACCAUAAACUUUUGAGGGAAAUUUCCAUUGAUGUUAUUAAUUAGUACUAAACUACAAACUUUGGACCAAAAUCACCACCAAAACUAGCCUCGCACAUGUAUUUCAUUUUUAACCCUUGCCCUAAAUGUGCAGUGUCCAUACAGCCCGACAGUUGUGAGAACAUGGUCCUUACAGGGACUAUUUAAAUUUCCUCACAUAUCCUAAAAUCUACACAUACACAUACAAACAGAUGAACACAUUCAGGUAUACACAGAAGUGUAAUAAAUAAUCGGUGCACACAUGUAAUGUCCAAACUAUUGACAUUUUAUUCUAUUCUUUUUUUUCCAGUCUCCACUGGAAUAACACAGAAAACUGCUGAGUCAUGAAUGUUCUUGCUAACUUUAGUGUACUAUGUGAAAUUUAGCCAGUUCUCUGUUGUAGCUGCUACAGAAAGAGGAGAUCGUCUCACACACACACUUCAGUCUGUGCUACACUGACCAGCUUUUUACAAGCUUUCUGACCAAGAAUGAUGAGUUAUAAAAUACACGUUGUUUAAUCUCACUCUGGUGGUGUUUGACCUCGCAGAUAGUUUUUAUUGAUUUUGUCUGUUUAGUUUGUUUUUCCUCGUCCUGGUGACGACAAGAGCUGACACUAGCAAACUCAGAGAACUUUCGGAGGACAAUGUUACCUUUACUCUGGGAGUUCUCACCAGAUUGUCAGCAGUUUAUGUGGGAAUGAAGACAAAAUACCUGAGCUGUUGUUGUUUUCUAUUAAGGACACAUUGUGUUUGUUGAGUCAUGGCUGUGAAGAACAUGAGAGCGAUUCACUCGUCUUCUAAAUAAUUACCAUUAAAUUAGAAACAGCACGACCAGGUCAAGUUCCCUCAGCCUGACCAGAUACCACCACUAAUGUGAUGUAGUGAACUGGUCUUUAGUUAACAGUGUUGUGCAGUCUCCUUUAAACCAAACAGUAAUGUUUCUGUGCUUCACUGGAUUCACAGGGUUACAUCCACUGUUUUUCCAUGUUGAACAUUUAAGUUUUAAAUUAAAAACCAGCCAAAAUACUGCGGUAACAAACAGUCGCUGUGCCCUCACAGAGCUCUGAGCAUAGACUAACUGACUUACAUGUGUGGAUGAAAUUAUUGUUUGUUUUUUUAAGAAGAAAUACAUUUUUUCUAUCUUAUUAAAGAUCACAGUAAGUACUGUUACAUAUGAAGCCAGGAGCAAGUUAGUCAUUUCAUAGACCCCAAAUACACAGAGCGAUGUACCUGAGUUAUUAUCAUUAUCAACUCCUGUAACAACUGAGAACUGUUGUGCUUUGCUCAGAAUGUAACAUACUUGUACUGUACAAGAACCUUGAGACCAGAAAACUUCUGAGGAAGACUUUGAAUUGAUUUAGGGAUUAGAAUAAUCUAACCCAGCUAAGGCAAACAUUGCAAAACUUUAAUUUUUUAAAUAGAUGUAGCAAAUCUGAGUACUGCACAACCUUUCUGGUUUUGAUUUUCCAUGUAUUAGCAUUCCCUGAUGUAAAAGUUUGCUAAUAGCUCUCUUUUGAUUUGUGAUGCUAACCCAAACAUGGCGUUAACAUUAAAUUGUCAUUACUAAAGCUACAUAGAGAAAAUGUGUUGUAUAAACCACGCUAGCAAUUGUUUUGGCUCCUGGCUUUAUCUUAGCAUCACAACAAUGAUUCAAUUAGCUUGGUUUUAAUUCUUGUUAGCCAAUUAUCUUCAAAGUGAUAUUGCUUCCUUACUCUGAUGAUCUUUCUGAAACAAUGAUUUAAUUGUUUUUUCACAUAGCGUCAAACAGAAAAGGUAGCAACUAUGCUAACAGCCUCAUAAGCCAGACUGCCUCUGUUUGGUCUGACUUACGAGGCUGCCUUCUGCACCAUCUCACAUUAAUAACUAUUUUUAUGAAGAAGUAUUUUUACAGUGAUGGUAUUUAAAGUACAGUUUGGCAUCCUAGAGUCUAUCUCCUCUGAUAGUAAACAAUGUCAGCGACAUUUAGGUUAUGUCGCCUAAAGUUGAGACAGUGGUUUAAAUAAUGUCUUCAUUCUUAAUUUUAGAUUUUUUUUACACAAGCUAUUUAUUGUGUUUUUCCACAAUAUUUUGUUGACCAAUGUUAACUUAAACAUAAACCCAUUUCUGUUUCUGCCUUUUAAAAAAGUUAUUGUUCUGUAUGAAAGUUUACACUUAAAUUAUAACAUGAAAUGUUUGAAUUAUUUUGCACAAUCAUGUAAAAGAAGAGUGGGUGGGUGGGGGUUUAGAAUCUGUUCAAAUCUGUACUUUUUGUCGUCUACCUUGAGUGUGUAUGAUGAAGGUAGACUUAAGUAUUCAGUGUUACUGUAAAGUAAAUGCUCAUUCGUAGUGUAAAUGCUCACCUUCGGUGUAUUUGAAAGCAUUGAGGGUUAAAAACAAUUUUAAAAGAAAAAGGAAAAAAAUAUGCCGUGAUUAUAUGUGAAAUAUUCACUCCACCCCAGAUACUGUCAGAGUGGACUGGAACAUGAAGAGCACAGUCUCCCCUUCUGUAAAUACUACUCAUCAUAGGCCGAGGAAAAAAAAUAAGAAAACAUACUACCUUCAACUUCUGAGUAUUUGAUCUGAGAAAAUCAAUGUCCCUACUUCAUGUGCUAUACUUUGUAACAGGUGUAUUCUGUGACUUACCAAACUGAAGUCAAACUGUGGGACAGGCAGGGUAAAAGAGACUGUCGUUGACAAACGUCCUCUCUGUGUGCUCUAUCGCUGUGACCAUGUCUUAUCUGCAAACGACGCCUUCGGUGUAUUUGUUCUACACUGCUGAAGUGUUGGAGUUCCAAACGCUGUAUUAUGAGUUUUGAAUAAAUCUUGUCAUUUGGUA